GCUAUGCAGUCUACAGGAGAGGUGAACCACACAGCCGUGACAGAAUUCAUCCUACUGGGAUUUGGGAAAGGACCUGAGACUCAGGUGCUGCCUUUUGUGUUGUUCCUUGUGAUUUACACAGCUACUGUCCUAGGAAACACUAUCAUGGUUCUCAUCAUUCGAAUUGACCCUCGCCUUCACACCCCCAUGUAUUUCUUCCUCAUGAACCUGUCACUCCUAGACCUCUGCUACUCCUCAACCAUUGCCCCCAAAGCCAUGGCCACCUUCCUACAAGCCAGAAAAACCAUUUCCUACAAUGGAUGUGCUGCACAGUUGUUCUUUUUUUCUCUCUUUGGCAGCACAGAAACGUUCAUCCUGGCAGCAAUGGCAUAUGAUCGAUACAUAGCCAUCUGCAACGCACUCCUCUAUCCUGUCACCAUGUCCAAAAAGGUCUGCAUUCAGCUCAUCGUGGGCUCCUAUAUAGGUGGCAGCACAAAUUCUCUAGUGCAAACCAGCUUCACCUUUGCACUCAGUUACUGUGGGCCUAAAGAGAUCAACCAUUUCUUCUGUGAUGUUCCCCCCUUGCUAAACUUGUCCUGCACCUCAGAUAUGCACAUCAAUGAACUGGUGCUGUUUGUUUUGUGUGGCCUCAUCAUAGUGAGCACAUCAGGAAUCAUCCUCAUCUCCUACGCCUACAUCACCUAUGCCAUUUUCAGGAUUCGCUCAACCAAGGGCAGGCUCAAGACUUUAUCCACCUGCUCCUCCCACAUGGUAGCUGUGGCUUUAUUUUUUGGGACUCUUUCCUUUAUGUAUACCCAACCAGGUUUUCGGUCUUCUCCACGUCUGAAUAAGGUGGUGUCUAUGUUCUAUACUCUUGUCAUCCCCAUGUUGAAUCCCUUCAUCUACAGCUUCAGGAACAAGGAUGUGAAAGAUGCUUUGAGAAAGACCAUAGGUAGGUUAAUGACUUUUAAAUAAGCCUCUUCUGUGUAUACACAGCUAAACUACAGUUAAAACAAAAAACAACAACUGAGAAAUAAUUUAUAAAUAGUUUCAUGCAUCUCCGUAUCUCUGUACAUAAUUUUCAUUUGCAACCACCUCUCCCUCUGUAUUCCUAUCUAUGUUUUUAAGUCUCUCCUAAAAUUAUCACGUGUCAUUCUGAGCAUGAAUAUUUUAUUACAUUAAGUCAACACCCAAAUUCUAUUUUUUUUCACAUUUCUAAUCCUAUUAC